AUCAACUUUCGCUCUCCACAAAUGCUUCAGCUUCAAGAAAGUUCAGAACAGACGAAAUCGUUCGAUUGGUUAUUUCGAUAUAGAUCAUAAUUCCUUGUUUUGGUCUGUAAGCUUCACAGUCGUAUUGAUCAGGCUUGGGAAAGUUUUCGGAAAACGUGGCCUUUGUUUUGGUUAAAGCAAAAACAAAAAUUCAAGUCUGGAGAGGAGGCCAGAUCCCGCGAGAAUGAAUGAAAAUCAUGACAUACUGGACGGAAAACCGUUCAAAGUCAUCGUUUUUGGCGAAGCAGGUGUCGGAAAAUCCGCUUUGAGCAUUCGAUACGUUUGCCAAGAGUUCUCGGACGCCUAUGACCCAACAAUAGAGGAUAACUACGAAAUAGAUAUUGAGGUGGAUGGAUGCCCGAUCAAAGUUGAAGUGGUUGACACGGCAGGAAACGACGUGUUCCGGCGAAUGAGAGAUCAAUACAUAAAAAGUGGGGACGGAUUCUUAUUGGUUUAUUCCAUAACAGACCGCUCUAGUUCCACUGCAAUCACGUCUUUCCAUGAACAGAUCGUUGCUGCUAAAGGAAAAAAGGACAAAAUCAUACCUCAAAUCCCCAUUAUUUUGGUUGGAAACAAAAGUGACCUUGAUGAUGAAAGAGAAGUUUCAUAUCAGGACGGGAAAAAAAUUGCUGCUACCUUAUGUUGCUCAUUUUUUGAAACCUCUGCCAAGAACGACAUUGGUGUAGAUGAAGUAUUUGCCAACUUGGCGAAAAAAAUGAGAGAAUCUAGAGCGAACUCUGUCCGGAAAGCUUUCAUAAGAGAUCGACAUAGAUUCUCUUUGCGAAAUCUGUCGCUAAAAGAGAAGAAAUGUAAAGAGAAGCUGCAGGCCUUUAGGGCAGGUGAGACAAAGUCCAAACUAUCUAAGAGGGCCAAUGGAAGAUUUAGGGGACUUAUUUGCGGCGCAAGAAGUCUGGAUACCAUUGAUGGUUAGAACUCUGUGAUACAGAUAUCUGUUAAAAAUCUUUUGACAAAAAUAUCUUUCCAAACCAAUAAGGGAAUUUGUAGUACGAUGUACCAUGAAGGAUUUUAAGUCAAAGGUUAGAGAACUACAACUUUUCAUUGGGAUCUUUAUUAGUCUAUCGACGCACGACCUAAAGAAGGUUUCAGAGCCUGAUAUACAUGAAAGAAAAUAAAGCAAUCUAAAAUUGAAGUUCUCCGGAGCUUAAAUUCGGUUGUUUCAAGUCUCCUAAAAAUAUCGUGUUUGUUGAUGUUCGUGAGCCUUUCAUUGUAUUUCUCGUAGUUGAAGGCUGCAUCUUACUGACGCCUAUAUGAAUGUCAAAAUAAUACCAUAUGUUUCCCAAGCAGCAAUAUUUUAUCUACAAGAAGCUUGCUAAGCUUUAGUUUGUAAGAUACUAGACUAAUUUUUUAAAUUGAUAAAAAUAUCGAACGUUCUUAAACGAGUUACGAAAAAGGUGUCAAGAAAUCUUUUUUCUUCGAGUGAUAAUAUUAGUAUCUUGUACUUAAAGAUAAAUAAUUGAGAGGAAAGCAGCUCAGAAUAGUUACCUGCUGGCGACUAAGCUCAGGUGCUUUUUAGAGCACUCAGUACUCAAUAGCAGCGGUAAUUUUUACAUCAAGCCAAGCAAAGUAAGGGUGUAUCCUUCAAGGACCAUGUUUCUUAUUUGAUGAUGCUAAAAUAAGAAAGUCAAAUUUUUUAGCGAAGUCUAAGUAGAAGGACACCGGCUGCGCUAGUGAGUAUCCUAGAACAAUUUAUUUGAAACACUUGCACCGAGGCUUACUUAGAAGCCUUCGUUCCUUAAUUUUUAUCCCUACAAUAUUUUUUAAGUAUUUUGCAUGUCGGCAGAUUGUAUAAGCGCCAUUUCUUACUCUGACCAAAGCUGCUGUUGCAUUGCAAGAGCUAACGGUAGUCGGUAGCAUACUGGUCCACCGCUUUCGUCAGUCUCGUUACUAAAUCAUAAAUUAAAGCGCAGACUAUAGUUUAACGAGGUCCGAAGUUUAACGCAAGAGGUAGACAAGGUCAUAUUAAAGUUCUGUCUAGCAUAUAAUAUUAAUCAUCGAUAUUUCGUUCAUGCCUUGACGAAGACUGUAUAAGGAAAGCCAGAACGAGAGUGGUAUUCUGACUCGGACAUCACAUGAACAAGGCCUCUUUGAUGUUUUACAGAUGAAUAUUUCGUCGCUCUUUCUACAUCCAGCGACCUCGGUUGCGACGUAUUUCUUUGUACAUUAAUUGAGGUAAUCUCUUCAACUCUUUUGUUUUCUUCCUGGCUUGAAAAUGAGUUGAAACCAGCACCGUAAUUCCGACAAGAACAACUGCCAGCAUUAUCCAUCCCCCAAUCUAUGAAUUAAGACAAAAAGUUUCACCUUUACUAGCAUAUCUCAAUAAU